AUGCCAGAUACUGUAAAACUUCCUGCUUGGGCUGAGAGUCCAGUUGAUUUUGUGCACAAGCAUAGGAUGGCUCUGGAGAGCGAGUAUGUAUCUGCUAAUUUGCAUGAGUGGAUUGAUCUCAUAUUUGGGUAUAAACAACAGGGCAAAGAGGCUAUUGCAGCAAAUAAUGUUUUCUUUUACAUUACCUAUGAAUGGGAUUCAAGAGGAGCUGCCAUAAACUGA